CCUCACUCUGAAGGUUCCCCAGCGUCGGGAAAGCUGGGAAGUUUCCGCGAGCUCAGCCGGCUCGGUCCGGCACGCCCAGCCCUGGCUUGCGGCGCGUGUGAGGACUGCUCCUAGGCCACCGGCUGGAAGGGAGUCGGUCUGAAUUAGGGAAAGGAGCCCAGCUCCCCCGUCACAUCAGCAGGCUGUUCCCCGCUGUUCUUUACCCCAACCCCGAGGGCGGUGCUGGCUCCAGCUCUUGCUUGUGAAGGAGAGGCUGGGGCUCAGACGGUAACGUCAGUUGGCGCGGUGUUUGCAGGUUGUUGUUGAUGAGACAGGCUCUCAAUAUUUAACUCAGGCUUCCUGGAUGCUGAGAUUACAGGAGUGUGCUGGUAACCAUCCCAUGGUUUGACUCAGGAAUGAAAUCUUCUGAAAUCUCAGAACAGAAAGCUUUGUGUUCAAUAUGGACGACAAAAGACGGCGAGCCCGAGUACAGGGAGCCUGGGCUGCUCCGCCAGCUACUACUGGUAGGAGCCAUCUUCCCCAGACACCGGGGCAGGCCUGGCGGAGGAAGCAGCUGCCUGACAGAGAGUUUGUGUUCAAAGAGCCUCAGCUGGUUGUGCGUACAGUCCCAGAGCCCAGAGUGAUUGACAGGGAGGGAGUGCAUGAAAUCAGCCUGUCACCCACUGGUGUGUCGAGGGUGUGUUUAUAUCCUGGCUUCGUGGACUUGAAGGAAGCUGACUGGAUACUGGAGCGCCUUUGUCAGGAUGUCCCCUGGAAACAGAGGAUGGGCAUCAAAGAGGAUAUAACUUAUCCGCAACCAAGACUUACAGCAUGGUAUGGAGAGCUUCCUUACACUUACUCAAGAAUCACUAUGGAGCCAAAUCCUCACUGGCAUCCUGUGCUGUGCACUCUGAAGAGCCGCAUUGAGGAGAACACUGGCCACACCUUCAACUCCUUGCUGUGCAAUCUUUACCGGGACGAGAAGGACAGUGUGGACUGGCACAGUGAUGACGAACCCUCGCUGGGGAGCUGCCCGGUCAUUGCGUCACUUAGUUUUGGUGCCACUCGGACUUUUGAGAUGAGGAAGAAACCCCCACCUGAAGAGAAUGGAGACUAUACAUACGUGGAAAGAGUGAAGAUACCACUGGAUCACGGGACCUUGCUAAUCAUGGAAGGAGCCACACAAGCUGACUGGCAGCACCGCGUGCCCAAAGAAUACCACUCCAGAGAACCGCGAGUAAACCUAACCUUCCGGACCAUUUAUCCAAACCCCAGAGGAACACCUGGUGAUGGGACAUGUCCGCAAAGUUGCCACUGAGAUGGGGGCUGUGCACCUAGCAGCCCCUCCCCCAUUCCUGGAAGCACUUUGAGAAGCUUCUCCAUGCACUCUGGUGAUGUGGCUGUUUGGAAAUUGUGGAGUUCGCUUCCCAGGUCCUCCUCCUUUGGAUGGGAGCCAUGUUGCCAGCAUGUCUACGAAGGAAACGGUUACUCUGAGACAAACCUCUAAAUCAAGGGCUACCAUUAGGCAAAUUAAACACUGCUAUAACUGUGCUCACA